ACGGCAGUGUGGUCACACUUGAGUCGGACACGUGCUGAUUGUUUUUAUGUUUUUAUCUAGCGAUUCCAUUAUUUGAAGAAAAAUGAGCGAAACGAGCGGGAAGAUAAAGUACCUCAUAGCGGAUACCACAGCCUUCAUUAACGCUGUCCCCCUGAACGAAUAUGCCGAACAAGUGCUCACCGUGCCCGAGGUGGUGGCCGAAGUGCGAAACAAACGCCAGAUCCGGCGACUUUGCGUCCUCCCCUUCGACCUCCAAAUACGGGAGCCAAGGCCCGAGAGCGUCAAGCACUGCGUAGAGUUUGCAAAGAAGACCGGUGACUACGCGAGUCUUUCGGGGAUCGAUCUGAAGGUGAUUUCGCUUACCUAUGAGCUGGAGGCGGACACAGUUGGCACUGACCAUCUCCGCACAGAGCCCGUCAAGGCUCAGACGAUUGCCUCCAAGGAGAAGCCCGAGGAGCUGCAGGAUGCAUCCAACAAGCGGCUGGUUGGAUGGUACAUGCCGGAGGGAGAGGAGGAGGAAGAAGAAUCUGAUGAAGACCAGGAGGAGGAAGAGGAGGACGACGACGAGGAAGCUGCAGAGCAGUCUGACCCGGAAGACGUCGAUCAAGUCAAAGCAGCUAUAGAAGCACAAAUCGAGGGCAAGACUACCGUCCCUAGUGAAGCAAUUCAGCUGGACCCUGAGGAAGAGCCAAGCCAGGAGGAGCUGGACAAAAUGUUUGAGCAGCUGAAGUGUGAAGCCAGCGCGGAGGAGGAAAAGGAACUAGCUGAACUGCUCGUUUCCCAGCCAAAGGAUGAUAACCUGGAACCAGAGGAGGACACUGUUCCGAUAAUCACCAACCAGGAUGAUGACGUUGGCGAUGACGGCUGGAUCACCCACUCCAACAUCAAAAAAGCCAAAAAAGCCCUCGAGGGAAAGGUUGAAAUAGACGUUGUGCCGCCUGUAGCCUGCAUGACCACAGAUUACGCCCUCCAGAACGUGCUCAAGCAACUCAAUCUCCACCUGGCAGCCCUGAACGGUCGAAUCAUCAAGCAACUGCGCACAUAUAUUCUCCGGUGCUACGCCUGCUACAAAACCACUAGCAUUAUGACAAAAGUCUUUUGUCCCAACUGUGGCAACAAGACUCUGAAGCGGGUGGCUGUCAGCCUGGACGAAAACGGCAAGCAGGUCAUCCACAUCAAUACGCGCCGUCCCCUGACCAAAAAGUACAAGAACCAGAGCCUUCCCCGCUUCCAGGGCGGAAAGCACUCGCGCAAUCCUAUUUUAUUCGAGGACCAACCCAUGCCCCGGCAGAUGCCGUCCCGAGUGGCCAAGACCAAGACAAAUGCCCUCGGUGAGGACUACAUAGCAGGCAUCUCGCCGUUCGUGCUCCGCGACGUGGACUCUAAGUCGGCAAUGCUGCGCUCCAAGGGCAAUCUCAAGGAGUGGGCCAGGAACAAUAACUUUGAGGAGGAUCGUCGUCGCAAAAACUACAAUCGUUUGUACAAAUAAGU